ACAUAGCCUAGGGGAGUCAUAGAGCCUAGAGUCAGAGAGAGAAGAGAGAGAGAGAGAGUAUCUUGCUUUAGAGAGCUUGGCACGCUUUGCUUCCUGAAUAUAACAACGACAUUGUUGGGAGGGCUGUGGUUGCGUGUGUUGAACUCUCAUUCCGUUCCUGUUUUGGGUGUUUGAGUGAGGGAAUCUCUCUGCUACUGUUAUCCCCCUUGGUCUUCUCUUUCUCUUUCCUUUUUCUUUUCUUUGCCUCUCAUCUUUGUAUUAUUGUAUAUUCACUGCUUCGACCCUAUAGAAGAAACGAAGAGAGCGUGCAAAAACACGGGAGAAAAGGCUGGAUAUCAAUCUUUUUUCUUUCCCUUGAAGGCUGUUUUCUGUUUUCCAUUUUGGAUUUCCAUCUCUAGGUGGGGUUUCUCUCGGGGGAUGUUAUAUCUUAUAUGGUGUUCAAGUUUCAGUCUUGGGGUGUUUGCUUGAUGGGUUGAGGCUUUUCUCUAUCUGGGUGUUUGAUUUUUGGGCCAAAGGAGGUGGUUUUCUGGUGAUUUAAGCUUUGUUGAGGUCUUGAGUUGAAGUUUCCCUAUUUUCCUGCUCAGUUUCUGUGUGAAAGUAGAAAGAAAAAGCCAGAACUUCGCUACCUUUUCAUCUGGGUUGCUUCCAAUACCAUGGAGGGGUGUUCAAGGAAAGAUGAGGUAUGUCCACAGCUGCUAGAUUUGAUCUCCAAAGACAGAGAAUGGGUUCUGAAGAGUGGUGAAGGGAGAAGCCAUGGCUCUCCAGAGGAGAAAAAGCUUGAGCUGAGGCUUGGUCCUCCAGGUGAGGACUGGACCAUCAAAGAUAACACCAAUAACUGCAGAGAAAGGGACGAAUCCCUUCGGUAUCUCAGGUACUUAUCUUCCAUGGCCUCCAUGGCCCACAACUGCAGCAGCAACAACAACAACAGUAAUAUCAUCAACAAUACCACCACUUCUUGUGGAAAGAGAGGUUUCCUAGAGACAGUUGAGAGGAACACAGGAGAGGAAGGUUGGAUCAUGAAUAGCAAUGGAAACCAAAACCAGAAACAAGCUGCUAAUAAUACCAAUAAUAAUGGUGUGUUGCCCUCGCCCUGGUCUUCUUCAGGUUACCAGGUUAAGACCCAACAGCAGCAACAGCAGACAAAAGCUUCGUUUCUUCAGUUCCAAUCAAGCCCUCCUGUUAUUACAAAGGAAUCCUCACAGCCCUGUUGCACUAAAGUAGUAGACUUGCAGAAUACAGAAAAGAAGGCAUUUUCACCAGCUUCUGCAAAUACAGCUGUGCCCAACAGCUCUCAGAAAAGAUCUGCGCCUACUGCAGUUGUGGGGUGGCCUCCAAUUCGAUCAUUUAGGAAGAAUCUUGCAAGUAGUAGCUCUUCGAAACCGGCUAACGAGUCCCAAGAUGUGGUCCCAAACAAGAUUGCGAGUGAAAAACCGGUCGAAGUUGGCAAAAAGGGUCUUUUUGUGAAGAUCAAUAUGGAUGGAGUUCCAAUUGGGAGGAAGGUGGACCUUACAGCAUAUGACAGCUAUGAAAAACUUUCAUCUGCUGUUGAUGAGCUAUUCAGGGGCCUUCUAGCAGCUCAAAGAGAUUCCUCUGCCGGUGGAAUCCAGACCAAGCAAGAGGAAGAGAAAACUAUUACUGGUUUGCUCGAUGGGAGUGGCGAAUAUACGCUUGUUUACGAGGAUAACGAAGGAGACAGAGUCCUUGUUGGGGAUGUCCCAUGGCACAUGUUCGUGAACACGGUGAAGAGGUUGCGCGUGUUGAAGAGCUCUGAACUUUCUGCUCUAUGCCUUGGUAGCAGCAAGCAAGAAAAGGCACCACUUGACUCUGCAUUGAAAUGAAGAAGGGGAUUUUUCUAUGAAGUAUGAAGGGGAUUUUGCUUAGUGUAUUUUCUAUGGUUAAGGGGAAAGAAGAAAGGAGAUUUGUAUGUUACAAUUCCAAGUAGUAGUAUUAGUUCUGAAAGUUUCUCUUUUUCAAUCCCUCUUGGCUCUUGUAGAAAGAAAAGAAAAGCCAGGCAGAUGAUUGGCAUGUGUUCUAAUGAAAGCUAUUACAUAAGAAGCUUUUGCUGAUAAUUUUGACUCUGAUGCUUUAGGCAUUUUAAUGCAUUUUGGGAUGAUUUCUGUGA